CCAUACCGAUAGUACGGAUUCGUUGAGUUGUCCCAGUAGCACACCCCCCGGCCUGCUCAAGUCUUGCCCUCUGACGCUCCUGGAACCCGCAACCCACGUCAACGCCAACACCAUGAGAAUCGCCAUUACAGGCGCGCGCGGCCUCGUCGGCCGCGAGGUGGUCAAGAAGUGCGCGGCGGCAGGCCACCACACGAUCCAGAUCAACCGCACGGCGCAGCCGCCGGACCCCUCGAUCCCCAACACAGAGAUGCGCACGGCGGACGCGGCCAACGACUACGACGCGCUGCUCGCCGCCUUCGAGUCCGCCGACGCGGUGAUCCACCUCGCCGCGGUGCCCAACCCGGUCGGCAAGGCAGACCACUUCGUGCACCAGAACAACGUGAGCGCGGCCUUCAACGGCCUGCGCGCGGCGGCCGAGCGGCGCGUGGCGCGCUUCGCCUACGCGAGCUCCGUCAACGCCGUCGGGCUGGUCUACUCGCACCAGCCGCUCGAGUUUCCCUACUUCCCCAUCGACGAGGCCUUCCCGCCGCGGCCGACCGACGCCUACGCGCUGGCCAAGCUGGAGGGCGAGACGGCCGCUGCCGCGAUCGCGCGCUGGUUUCCCUUCAUGAGGGUCGCCUGUCUGCGGAUUCACCAGGUCGGCACGAGGAGGGAGGUGGUGGAGGACUAUGAGAAGGACCACGAGAAGGCGGUGCGGCAGCUUUGGGGGUGGGUCAGUCCCGCUGCGACGGCGCGGGCUUGUUUGUUGGCGGUGGAGAGGGCGGACCGGUUCGAGGGGUGCGAGGUGUUCAAUAUUGUCGCGCCGGACAUCUGCGCCGCCGGCGAGGACGCCGAGAUGAGCAGCGAUGAGCUGGCGAGGAAAUACUACCCCAAGGCGGAGAUCAGGGAGGGGCUGAGCGGGAAAAGGGGGUUUUGGACCGUCGAUAAGGCGCGGGAAGUGCUGGGGUGGACACACGACGAGAAGGAAUAAGCGGCAGGACAGCCGAGGCGUCAGAGGAUCUGGUAUGAGCCCAUCAUUGUUAUCUGCAUGCGAAGCGCCAAUCCCAGUCCAGCGUUACGUCUCAAGCACACCUGAACGCUGUUUCUUCCAUGCGUUUCCCUUGUCUUCCUGCCCGUUGGACUCGCCAGAGUGCGAUGCCUCGGCCAGAUUCGGAUCGAGUCCGCCCGUCAUGGUCUGGCGCUGUUCCUUGCCCGUUGGCCAGGCCGCAUCCAGAGUCUCUUUCCUGUCU